CGUCCUAGGACGUGCAAAACUGGUCCUAUCGUCCGUGGCGUGCUUAGACGUCCGAGGACGUCCAACUUAGUCUAAAUUCGUCUUGAUCCAUUGCAUUCUCGUAAUUAGACAUCCGUGGACGUCCAUAGACGUCCGCAUUUGAUUUUAAUGCGCAUGCGCUUACUGAAGCUAUUUUAUCGACGUGCUUUGCUAUACUUUCCACUCGUGAUAAUCUUGUUAAUCUGUUUGAUUUAAAUUUAAAUUAUUUUAAAUUGUUCGGAAUGGAUUCAAAAAGUUAUGAAAAAAGAAUUAAGAAAAACCCUGAAAAAAGAUCCCACAGCGAGCGAACUACUUAUUGGCGAAACAUCAGAAAACAUGUUUUUGCAAUCUCACAAUCUGUUGAUGAAGAUGAGUGGGUUGAGGAGCACACUAGCACAAACGAAACUUAUUCUUUAAAAAAUUCACAGUUAUUUCCUGAGCAUCGAUCAGAAAGUGAAUCUAGUCAUGACUUGUUUUCAGAAAAUAAUUCUGCUAAGUUUAAUGAUAACAAUUGCUUGUCUGAGACAAUAAAUUUUCCUUUAAGUAAUGAUACUAAUGAUUAUGAUACUUCUAAUGAAUGCCAGUUCUCCACUUUUACUGAUGCCAGUUAUGACCAUUUACUGUCUGAACACAUUCGUAUUUGGGCUCUGCAACACCGAUGCACACAAGCUUGUGUCAAUGGUUUGUUAAACAUUUUAAGAUCUCAUGGUCAUCAACUACCUAAAGAUUCACGAUCCAUCUUGGGCACAUUAGAUAAAGUUCAAACCACAGAAUUAAAUGCUGGAGAAUAUUACUACCUCGGUAUAAGAAAAGGUCUCGAAGAUAUAUUAAAAAAUAAUAUUUAUGCUGAUAAAGAAAUUAAACUUCUGUUUAAUGUAGAUGGUCUUCCAAUUUUCAAGUCAUCUGGAUACCAGUUAUGGUUAAUAACAUCCCAAUUUUCUAACUUCAAUCCGUUUACAAUUGCGUUGUAUGGUGGGUAUGAUAAGCCAACUGCAAUUAAUUUUCUGCAUGAUUUUUCAAAAGAACUUCAGGAAUUUCAUAAUAAAACUGUUAUUUUAUGUGGAAAGUUUUAUAUUGUUUCAAUAUUUGCGAUUCCAUGUGACUCACCGGCUCGAAGUCUUUUAAAGGGAACUGUGCAACACAGUGGUUACAAUGCAUGUGAGCGUUGCGAUGAUUAUGGGGUCCCAGUUCAGGGUCGGAUAGUAUAUGAUACAACAAAUCCUAAUUUAAUUUCAUCACGAACUGAUAAUGGGCUACGGACUGGUCAAUAUUCUGAAAGAAAUAAUGAUAACAGGUGUCAUCAUCACAAUAUAACGCCCUUGUAUGAAAUACAUAGUUUAGAUCUUGUUAAACAAUUUCCAUUAGAUUAUAUGCAUCUGGUUUGUUUAGGUGCUGUGCGUCGUAUUUUAUAUUAUUUCAAAGGCUCAUAUCCACGUAUAUAUUCAGGAAGAUUAUCUGCUGCAAACUUAAUAAAAAUUUCUAAUCGUCUAAGUCAAAUUAAAGGAAAGCUACCUUCAGAGUUUGUAAGACAGCCUCGUGAAUUGACUGAGGUUAAUCGUUGGAAGGCAACUGAACUUAGAACAUUUCUUUUAUAUACUGGUAUUGUUGUUCUUAAGAAUGUUUUAAAUCCUAAAACAUACAAGCAUUUCUUAAGUUUAGUGCUUGCCAUUCGUAUGUUAUGUGAAGAGAAUAUAAAUUUGAGGCAGACUUAUUUAAAUUCAGCACGUGAAUUAAUUAACUAUUUUGUAACCAAUGCCCAUGAACAUUAUGGUAAUACCUUUACCGUUUACUGUAUUCAUAAUCUGAAACAUCUUCCUGAUGAUGUUGAAUAUUUUCAAUUGCCUCUUGAUGCUUAUUCUUGUUUUCGAUUUGAAAAUUAUUUGCAAACUAUAAAGCGUCUAGUGCGCGGUAAAAAAAAUCCAUUAAAAGAAAUUAUAAAAAGACUUGAUGAGUUGAAGGGAACAUUACAAGAAAACUCUACUCAUAUAACAAAACUUGAUUGUGCUAAAAACUCUUGGUUUCUUAGCAAAAAUUAUGUCUGCUUUAUAAAAGAAAUUUUACCUAAUGGUAGAUUGGUUUACAAUGCCUUUAAAAAGACUGAGCUAGAUAAUUUUUUCAUAGAUUUUAUUGAUUCUAAUAAACUAAACAUAUUCGUCAUAAAAAAAGAUAAACAUCCUUUAGAGAAAAUAGAUGAUGUAGACAUUGUAUUAAGAAAAUGUGUUUGUUUGAUGCAUGAAGAUGAUCGAGUUAUUAUCCCUUUAUUAAAUAGUGCAAAUUUUAAAUGAUAAUAAAAUUGUUUAUUUGUGUUCAUAGCUGAUUUAAUAUCUCAGUUCCUAAGUUAUAGUUUUCGGAGCUAAUUUUCCAGCUCUAACAGUUUGUUAAAUCACUAACCCUAAGUAAAAAUACAUAAAUUUGGAGUGCGAUGCUGUUUUGACAUUUCAUUAUUGUUCUGAGUUGCAUAUUUUUAUAAAACUAAUUGUUUAAAAAUUUUUUAUAUUGUUUUAAAAUUGUGUUUUAAGCUGUGGUAGAAAACUAACAUACUAAUUCUAA